AUGGAGGACGGAUAUGACUUUGAGUAUGAGUCAGAUGGGGGCCCCUGGGGCCCUGAAGAGGAGGCUUCUGUCCUCAUAGAAAACCUCUAUUACGAGGCCCAGGACUGUGCCGUGGCUCUGCUUGAGGAGGUGCUGCAGCGGGAAGCGGAAGCCGCUCAAAAGCCAUGGUCUUUUAAAUCUCUUCUGUCGCUUACCCUGCUUUUCCUCAGGGAAGGGAACUUCCUGCGGGCUGCUGCGGACUACCGGCGGCUCCUGCAGCUGCUGCCUGCUGUUGCUGCUGGAGAUGCAGCAGCAGCAGUGCAGGCUGUCCUUUCUGCUGCCACGAAACGCGCGGGCAUCCGACAGUACGACGGUCUUCGCGAUGUCUUUGCUGUUUCAUCGCAGCAGCAGCAACAACAGCAACAGCAGCAGCAGCAAACCGGAACUCUCUCGCAGAGGCAAGGAACUCCUGAUGAUGACCCAGAGUCUCUUGGCGCGGGGGAGGGAAGCUCAAAAACCUCUUGUUUGCAGCAAGGCGAACAGCAGCUGGAAGAACUCAUGCUGUCUACUGUUGCCGCCUUAGAAUAUCAGGGGCUGAAGCGGCUUCGGGCGCACGUCUGUAGUCAAUUGCUGCUACUGUAUGUACAGCUGGGUGAAUGGCCAAAGGCGCACGGCUUGUUGCCGAGGGUUCACGUGGCAGGCAGAGACCCGUCGUUGCCGCUCCAUCAGCAACUGGAAGCAGCAGCAGCCGAGGUACUCUGCUGUACGUACACCCGAGACUGGAAACAGCUGCAGCAGCUGCUGCCUCACGCACUGCAUCUUGCAGCGGCCUCCUUAGACCCCAGAAGUGCAGCAGCCGUUCGAGAGUGUGGGGCGCGGCUGCUGAUGGAGCUGCACAUACACCCGGAUCUGCAGCUACAACAGCAGGAGGAGGAGCAGCAGCAGCGGCAGGAGCAGCACCCAUGGACUGGGAUUCACGCUCAUCUAAUGGCGGCAUUUCGUCAUCACCAGGAAGUCGGCGACACCCGAGCGGCAGCUGCUGCACUACGCCGUGCUGUCCUUGCGGCUCCGUUGGCGGCUUCCUCUGUUGACCCAUUCAGCACAAGAGAAGGGAAGGCCUUACAGGGCGACCCAGAAGUGCAGUCUGCGAAGGCUUUGCGAGCGGCGUUCGAGGCCAAUGAUGUAACAGGUGUUGAGAAGCAUCUGCAGCUGCUCGGAGCGACGGACCCCUUUGCUUUGCACUGCAGCAAGGCCCUGCUGCAGGCCGUUCGGUUGAGGCGGCUUCGAGCCAUCUCUGGUUGUUACUCAGCAUUUCCGCUGGACCGGCUGCAGCAGGCGCUAAGGCUCUCAGAAGAAGACACACGGCAGCUGCUGCUGCAGGUCAUUCAGCAAGGGCAGCUUCCCGCCCUCAUUGAUGAUGAAGCCAAGGUGCUGCGGCUGAGGGUGCCCGAAGUGGAGGACGCUGCGAGUGCUGCUGAGCUCCUGGAUCAAUGGUGCUGGAGCGUUGGUCAAUUAGCUGCACAUUUAGAGGAAAGUCUCCCUGAAGAACUUCAGGACAAAGCGCCAAGCUAA